AUGGCUGACAACACAUCUGUAUGCUCUCAGUGCGGGAAAGGUUUCAAGUAUAAAAGAAAUCUGAGAACUCAUGAACGUGGACAUUCUGGGACGCUACCUUUCACAUGCUGUGGAAAGGGAUUUGCUUCAUCGCUAGAGUUGGAAAGCCACAGAUGCUCUGUUCAUGGUGAAACCAAAAAGUUCGUCUGCAAGACAUGUGGAAGGGAUUUUGCCAGGGCCCAGACACUUGCUUUACACGAAGCUAGGGAAGCAAGAAAUGAAAUGUGUACGUGUGAUGUGUGUGGUCACAAGGCAGUAACCAAAGAUGACCUUAAGGUUCAUCUGGCCACACACAGUGAAGACAGAAGACACGGAUGUCAUGUGUGCGGAAAGAGAUAUAAACACAGUAGUUCUGUGUAUAAACAUGUAAAGAAGACGCAUAAUACUGAUCAAAAUAACAAUUAG